AUUUAUGUAUAAAAAUGCUAUUUCAUGGUAUUCGUUUCUUGAGGUGUUGGCAUUCAUGGGAAAAAGGGUUUAAUGUUUUACCUUCAGUUUCUUUCUCGUGUUGUUUAACGAAAACCAGGUCCAAGCAACACAUAGAGCAAAAAUAUGAAGGCUCUUGUAGAUGCUUUUCUUGGAAGGAAAUUCAAGACCUCCAGAUUCAAUAUUCUUGCAAAACUUGCAAUCUCCAGGAUUGCCAUCCUCAGGAACCAGAGACAAGUCCGGUAUUUCCAUGCAAAGUCUGACGUUAUUGAGCUCUUGAACCUUGCUCAUCAAGAACGAGCUCUUCUUCGUGUUGAGCAUGUGAUCAAGGAGCAAAAUAUGAUGGACGUGUUUGCUAUGAUCGAGGACUAUUGCUACCUUCUCAUAGAUAGGGUUAUGCUACUUAAGAAGGACAAGGAAUGCCCUGAUGAGCUCAAGGAGGCAAUUUCCAGCUUGAUCUUUGCAUCUUCUAGAUGUGGGGAAUUUCCAGAGCUGCAAGAGAUUCGUGGAAUUUUCGUAUCAACAUUUGGGAAAGAAUUUGCUGCUCGUGCUAUUGAGUUGCGCAACAACUGUGGAGUGAAUCCUAAGAUCAUACAAAAGCUUUCAGCAGGACAACCAAGCUUGGAAAGCAGAUUGAAAGUCCUGAAGAACACUGCUUCUGAGAAUGGUAUUGUCUUGAAUUUGGCGGAAGAUGCUCCUGUUGUUACUGAGGAGAAAUUGGAUAUCAGCCAGAAGCAGCAGCGACAAGAAUCUUAUAAAUCAGCUAAAUUGAAAGAUACUGUACCCAAGGAAGAAACCCAUAUUUUGCCUGAGUUGAACCCAGAUGAGCAGUUAACUGAAAAAUUGAAAGCAAGAAAGAAGUACAGAGAUGUUACUGCUGCUGCUCUAGAGGCCUUUGAAUCAGCUUCUUAUGCAGCAGCAGCUGCAAGAGCUGCUGUUGCACUUUCAAGAUCCGAAUCUCAGGACACUGAUUAAGAUUAUCACAGUGGUUAUAGCCAUCUGGGAAGAACCAAGUAUGACUUAGAUGACACACAAAACUCCAAUAAUGCAUUGAUAUUUGAAAAAAUCCAUCCAAAUGACUAUACCAGCUCUGAAUCAGAAGGUGAAUAUCAUCUCAAAGAAUUGAGAAGGAGCAAAAAUAAGCCUGGGGUAAUAGAUAGGACGCCAUCCACUUCAAGUUCAGAUUCUGACAGGAACAUUCCGUCACCAAAUGACGUCCAAAAUAGUGGACACUACAAUGCAGUUGGAGACGUAUAUAGAUCAUAUGAGGACAGGAAAAAGUCUCCUUACAGAUCCCCAAAGUGAAUUCUACUGAAAUUUCAAGUUGAUUCCAUGGUAAAUCCCAUGAAAGGAAAAUCUAAGUUGAAAGGCACACAUAGGGCACAUUUCACAGAGCAAUUAAAUUCACAGCACUAGGGCUGGACAGGAGGCCAUUAUCAAUGAGAACUAGGAGAGUACAGAGGCAGUAAAAAGUAAAUAUGGUAAGUGCAAAAUUUGUUUUUCUUGGUUUUAGAGGUUCAAUGUCAACACAUUUCUGUUUUCUUUUUCAUUUUCAUUUAUAUAAAUAAUCUGAUGACGUAUAGUUGAGUACUGAAAUAAA